GGAGCGCACCUCACGGCUUGAAUCACCUGUCACGGCUGCCUCGCUAUCGCUGCGAUCCACACUCACACUCACACUCACACUCACACUCACACUCACACUCACGACUCGAACUGUCACCUUCACCCGCGCGUGACUCUUUUGCAAUCACGGACCUAAAGUCGCGUCGGGAGUCGCGCUUCGACUGCCGCUGCCAUUCUUGGAAGGCCCCUCAUUCACGAUUUCACAACGAUUCGCGCCCCGCGAGAUGCCGGUCCCCGUGAUCUCCAAGGCCUCUUUGGCCACCACAGCUCCCUCUCCAGCCGUGCUCACGCACUCGAGCUCUUCGUGGGGCCAAAUCAAUAGCACCUUCACCUACCUGCCUCCUCGUCAGUCAGCAAGGCAGCUCGCCGCGGAUGGAGCCGGGAAUGCAACGUCCAGCGCCUUCUCUGGCGCCUCUUUGAGAGAUCAGAUCACCGUUCAGGCAGUGGGUACCGAGAUCAUCAUUAGGAAUGGUAGAUUCGAGGUGGAGCAGUGCAUUGCUUUUCCUCAGCCCCUAGCGCACACGGCGAGCUCGAGCACUCGUACGGUGAAACAGAGCAUACAGGCUGUAUGCGCUGGCGACGUGGAAGGGGCGCUGGUGAUUACCGCUUGCUGCGGUCGCCGCGUCGCAGCGUGGAGGAGAAGCUCAUCGGGCAUUUGGAAGUUGCACAGCCAGCUGGACGUCGAUGAGCGGGAUGGACGCGUAACUUCGCUGGACCUUCGAUCAGGCGACAUUCUCAUGGGCUGCGAGAGUAGCAUCAGCAUCUGGCGAUACAUUCCACUCAGCUCGCCGAGUCCAUGGCAGAGGGUCUGGCGCAGGCGCUGCCCGUCGUCCAUUGUCGCCGCUUCUUGGUCCCCUUUAGGCACCAAGCUUGCCGCGUACGCACAAGACGAUGACAGGGUCCUGAUCUGGGCACAUCGAGCAGGCACACCAGCUGGCACAGCAGCCAAGCCAAAGCUGGUCGACACUGUUCAGCAUUCUAGACCAAUCACGUCCAUGACCUGGAGAGCGCCGUCUGAGAGCACCGACCAAUCGGAAGCGCUCGUCACCACCACGAGCGAUGGCUGCAUCAGGUUCUGGGUGCCAGUCAUCGAUGAGCCCAACAAGCACAGGCUGUGGAGCAGCAUUUCACCCUCCCUCUUCUCACACCACGCGCCUCACUACCUUCAGUCAGCCAAUGUUGGCAUCGCGCUGGACCGGGUCCUUGCACUGCAUGCGAAAGAAAACCAGCUGCUGGAAGUUGGGCUCAAGGAGAGGAACCCGAAAGUCGAAGAGUGGGCUGCAGGAAACGUCAAGAGACUGGACAGCGUGAGAGAGUGUCCCGAUCUGAUCCUCGCAUUCAAGGAUGGAUCGCUAGUCGUCCAGGCGCUGGGAAAUGUGGAUCGAGCUCCGCCAACUCUCUACACGCUCUACACUGUACUCUCCGUCGGUCUGGAUCUUGAAAUACCAAAUACUGCUCUGGAUGUGCAUCUGAUCCCAACGAUGUCGACCUCGAGCGGAUCUGUGGCGGAUCCGACGGCUGUCUUGCUCGUCGGAUCAAGCGUUUACGAUAUCAGUCCCGCCACUUUCUUUGAAGGUUUACCGGGAGGCUUCACAAGUCGCGCGCCUCAGAAUGCCUCUGCAGAUCACCGGGAAAACAUCCAGCAGCUCGUCGCAUCGGCCGACGGCAAAGCGCUGCUGAGUUGCACACGUUCUGACUGCACCAGAUGGACAGCUUGCAGCCGAGGCGGUCAGAGGGGCCUGAAAGGUCGACAUGCCCAGACAGGCUGCAUAGCGCUGAGCAAGAGCUACGAGCUCUCUCACGAUGACCAGACCGGCAAAGCGACUCUUGUCGACUUGUCGACCAACGAGGUGACGCAUUACGAUCUGCCGGCAGAGCUCCGUGUUGCAAGUGCUGCAAUUCACGAAGAGGCAGAUAAGCCCGUAGCUCUUUUGCUCAGCGAGAAAGGACAGGUGUGCUUGCUCACAUGGCAGAGCGUCCAAGCGCAGUACUUGGGUGCACCCACCUCGAGCGCAAGCAGCACAGCGCACUUUUUCCCGGUGAGCUCUUCUGCGGAUGAAAUUUGCGUGGGAGCUAUCGACGAGCACGGACGGAUGCAGGGAUGGAAACUCAGCCUGACGGGCAAGGGUCCUUGGAAGCGCAAUUUUGAGAUCGCGACCGGCCUUGCGAGUCAUGAGUUGGUUCGAGCGUCCAACGACGGGCAACUCAUCGCCAUUGUGACGAGUGAGGGGAGUGAGAAUUGUCAAGUAUCUAUUUGGAACGUCGAGUCUGCUUCAUUCUCCUCCGGGCUCGAGUACCUGAGUGAAUGGGAGUCUCCAAUUGUCGCGCUCGAUUGGUCUGAUCGCAAUCACGGCGCACCGAAGAUUUUAGCACUUGCCACGGCCAGCAAGAUAACUCUCUUGACCCCGUCGCACGCCCAUCCACUGCACCACGAUUCGACACCGUGGGACGUUCUGGCGAGUGUGGACUGUUCACGCUUCUUUGCUCUUCCCAUUCACAGCAUUUGCUUCCUUGGUCACCACAUCGUUGUGGCUAGCGGUGCAAAUUUGCACGUCUUUGGUCCUCAACUGGAUGUUGCUGCUUCCAAGACCCAGCACCGCGACGCUGAAAGCGACGCGAAGCGUGAACACGUCGCCAUCGAAGCUGCCAGCAAAUCUGGCCCGCUCGCAACGCUUCAUCCAGACUUUUUGCUGCAAGCUUUGCUUCUUGGAAAAAUGGAGCUUGCCGAAAAUAUCAUCGUUGACCUCGUGAAAGACCUGCGUUCCGAUGAUGCCCCAAGAUUAAGGCUGUUGCAGGACGACUACGAAGUGCUUUGUGCUGGGUGCGAUGGUGCGCAGAAGCAGAGUGGAAGCAGGGCGCGGGGUCCCCUCUUUGACUCGGAGUCCAAUGACGCCGAUACCUUCUCGCCCGCCAUGGCGGAAGAACUCGUAAAGAUGCUCGAAGCAAGAAAUGAUGUAGGGCUCAUCUCCGAGCAGCAGCAGCAUUUGAUCCAUACUGUCCAGACACUUGGCGAGCUCGCGGGACACAAGCAGGCUCUGGACUUGAUGGGCAGAAUCUAUCUUGCAGCACUAUUACACCGUCAUAGGUCGCUCUCACCCGUCGUAGAGAGCACGCUCGUGCCGGACGAAGUCCUUUUCGCGUAUCACAGCGCUUCUCAAGAAGUCCUGCAAUCUCGAAUCACCGCGCUCCACAAAGACCAGUUCACGUGGCAGGCAGCACAAUCGAGCGGCGUCUUUCUCUGGUUGCGCGACCGCGCAGCGUUGAAUGCGAUAGCUGAGCAAGUAGCACGCGCCCAAUUCAACAGCGGAACGGAGAGAGAUCCGGUCAAGUGCAGCUUGUUCUACUUUGCUUUGGGCAAGAGAAAAUUGGUGCAGGGCCUCUGGCGACAGGCCGCUUGGCAUCCAGAACAAAGGAAAAUGCUGGCUUUCUUGAACAAUGACUUUGAGCUAGAGAGGUGGAGGACGGCCGCUUGCAAGAAUGCCUUUGCGCUGCUCAGCCAAAGGAGAUUUGAGUUUGCCGCCUCGUUCUUCAUGCUCGGCGAUAGCCUUCAAGAUGCGGUCAAUGUAUGCGUGCGCAACCUUGGCGAUCUGCAUCUAGCUCUGGCGCUCGCAAAGAUUCGUGAAGGAAGCGAUCAGGGACUCGUAUUCACCAAGCUUCUACGAAAGCACGUUCUACCAUUAGCAUUCAAUGAGGGCUCCAAAGCUUUGGCUAGUUGGGCGCUGUGGGUUCUAAAGUCGCGCGAAUUGGCUAUGCGCGCCUUGGUCCGUCCAUUGCAAUCGAUCGUCGAUGAGGUCGGGCUGCCCUCAGGAAGCAACGUCGCGCGGAUGACAGCAGAAUCUCCAGCUCUGGGCCUUCUGUAUGCAGAGCUGCGUGUCUCGUCGUCCGCUGAGCCGCGCGGCGGCCAGAUGGGAUACGUAAGACACCUGUGCUACCUGUUAGAGCGCCGAGGCUGCCACGCACUCGGUCUGGCACUUUUGAGGGAGUGGAAGUUUGCCGCCCAAAAGCCAUUGCCGACUGCGUCAAUCGAGCGAGGUCCUGUGCAAGACGUUGGCGAAGGUUUGUUUGCUGCACUGCAGCUGGCCGAUACUUCUGCUAGCCUUGGUUCAGAGACCGUCACUCCUGCAGUGAAGGGAUCCGCAAUCUCGCCAACGGCCUCAGAGCCGCGGCAAGAGCGACGAGCUAUAUCGCUGCUCGACGUGCAACCGCCGGUCGCUCAAACCUCGUCGAGCGCGAUGCGAGCAUCGAGUAGCUUCGCAGCGGCCAGGGAUGCCUCGCUGACAAGGGAUGGCGCCUUGACUCCCGAGACGGCACCAGAGACCAAAGCGAAAGUAAAAGAGAAAGAGAAGGUGGCUUCCCUGAUGAAGGCUUCGUCCGCCGCUACCCAACAGCAAGGAGCUCAGGACUUUAGCUUUGACUCGUUCGGAUUUUGAGGCGUUCAAGCUCGACCCUGGCAGUGACGAGCGCACAACCUCAGCAUGUGACCGCCGACUGCUGCCGGAGCUUCGGCAUGUCAAAGUGACGCUCCUUCUCAAUUUUGCGGAGAGUGCUACAUGCCCAGCUGCCUCGCGUUCUCCGUCCGUGUCGAGCACCUCAUCCCAUCUAUUACAAGAUACCCUGCCGAUGACGAAUGUUAUGCUCGGCCC